AGUCGCUUCGGCCCAAUACCGCCCAAGCCCCCGCUUCCACGGCGCAGGGCGAUGACGGUGCUCACCUCGGCACCUGUCCUGGCACUGAUAUUCUUAGCGCCAGGGGUUGGCGCGGCCGGCCCGGGCGCGGCCUUCGACCUGGGCGUGGUUGGGGCUGGCGCCGGAGGCGCUUACGCCGCCUGGAGGGCUGCGGUGGCCGGCAAGUCGGUGUGCGUCUUCGAGCGCGCAGGGAGGCCUGGUGGUCGGAUCCACUCUCUGCGGGGUCAGGGGCCCAGGAAGGACCUCGUGGUUGAGGCCGGGGGCUACCGCUUCGCUCCAAAGCCAGUGCACAUGCACACCGGGAAGUUCGACUGGACAAUCAGCACGCCCAUCACGGCGGCGGUGAUCAACGAGCUGAAUCUCACGUCGGUGUCCUACAACCCAAACGCGUCGGACUGGGACCACGGCAUGCACAAGAUCGUGGGCGCGGACGGGCAGGACGUGGGGUACCUGACCUUCAUUGAGAGGCUGCUGGACUUGGCCGUCGCCCACGGGGCCAAGGUGUUGUACAACACAACGGUCGUGGGCCUGGGCAUGAAGGGGGAAGGGGUGCUGCUGCGCCAUAGCGGCGGCGAGGCCCUCGCGAAGUCGGUGGUGCUGAACCUUCCCCAGCGGCCCGCGAUCGAGCUGCUCCGCGGCAGCGACCCGUCCAUCGCAUCUCAUUUCCCGAGGCCGCUCUACGAUCCAGUGUCGUACCCGAUCAUGAAGCUGUACGUCCAUUACGACGACGCUUGGUGGCGCAACGACCUUGGCCUUGUCGCGGGGCCAUUCAUGAACACGGAGCCGCCGCAGACCGGAAGGGGGCACACGUUCGGCGUGCCCACGGUCAGCCCAGUGCCGCUCCAGGGCCAGUACCACGACGGCCACGUACGCUGCGAGUCGCCGCCCUCCCGAGGUUGCCGAGGAUACCUGCAGGCCUUCUACGGCGGCGACAACGCGAUGUACACCGGCGGCGUCGACGGGGCUAUGAAGUUCUUCGCGCCUUUCGCGGACACCAUUGCGGCGGACUCCGUCACCCACAUCGGCCGCGACCAGCCGCACCAUGUCGAGCUGCUCGAGGCCCUCCACAGCUCGCUGCUCGGGCUCCACCGGCCGGCCCUCGACGCGGUGAACGCCACCGGAAGGGUCGCCAACCUGAGGCCCACCAGCGCCGUCCUGUCCAUGUGGACGGAGGGCGUCGCGGGCAUCAACGCCGGCUGCCACGCGCCCAAGCGGCUGCCGGGGGGCGAGUCGCCGCCGCCAGACCAGCUGCCCAAGGCCGCGCUCGAGCCGAUGCCCGGGCUCCCAGUCCUCGUGGCGAACGAGGCCUUCGGCCCCGUCGGCUGCUUCGCGGAGGGCUCGCUGUCGAUGGCGGAGGCGGCCGUGAAGAGGCUGUACCCGGGCCUGCGCGCCGUGGCCGGGCUCCCCGAGGACCUGCAGGCGGCGGGCGUGGCGGCGCCGCCGACUGACCCUUCCCUGCUACUGGGGCGUGCGGCGAUGGGGUCGCCCGAGCUGGAAACGCUGCAGGUGAUCUGAAGCACUGGCCCGGUGGUCGCUCUGGGAGGAUCGAGGAACACCAAGGAGAAAUAGCUGCUUCUCGUCACCCUGGCCCCCUCGAGUCUCUAUCGAGGGAGGGGAAGGCUGAAGGAUGGACGCAGAUACAGGCACGUACAGAUCUGCCGUGCAGGCAGCAUGCCUUGUAGCUCUGGGGAGCACGAGUCCCAGCCCCGAGUGGGAGAGCGUGCUCGUGGCCGCCUUCCGCCCUGUUUCCCGCGGCAUUUUUCUGGAAGCUUGCGCUGCAGGUUGGACGGGCACGCCGCUGGCUUCUGAACUUCGCUUGCUUGUUAUAUCGAACACUUAUAUGCGGUGUGAUCAGCAUCGGAAGCCACAAGCGACAGUCUCGAGUGGUGGGAAGCGCAUGCCGGGGGAUCAGUUCGACCCGGCCAGAGGCGUCGCAGGCAGCGAGCGCUGCCAAGUUGCAGCCCGUGUCUGCGCUUCGAUCCUUGCCCGUCAGAGGACUCUGAGCCGCGUGCGAUUUUCCGUUCCUGCGCUGUUGUUAAGGACGAUACCUUGGCGCAGGAAAA